AUGGAAUCCAGCCCAAAUAGAGCAGAAGAGCCAAAAAAGGCUGAAACGACUCCUGGAAGGAUGAAAGCUUGGUGCCCGCGAUGCUAUAUGACUUUUGAAGCCGGAAAAAGCUCCCUUCGAGUCGUAAAGCACACAAAGCUUGAUAAUUGCAAUGCUAUUCCCUGUAAUAAACCAUUCUCUAACUGUGUCAGAAGAUUUUCUUCAAUAAAUUCAGCAAAUAGGCACACAUAUUGCUUUACUCAGGAAGAUGUAAACAAAUGAGACAUAAAUAAUAAAAUAUGUGCAGAAGAUUUUACCGACUUGAAGUUCGAAAAACUGACGAUAAGUGAUGUUGAUAAUAUGCUGGCUUUGGAUUUAUACAAUAAUUGAUGAAGAUUGGAAAAAUUUUAUGUUUUUUUUUAUUAUAAUUUGAUAAAACUAUAUUAUUAAAAAUAAUAUAAAGGAAGAAGACCCUGCUGAAAACUACGUGCAUUUUACUUCAACCGAGAUUAGUGAAGGCCCACCAUAUAAAUAUCCGAAUUCUAUGGAUAUUACGGAGCUAUUUGACUUGCUGAAAGUCAAGAUGGGAAAAGAUUUCCAUGAAGAUACCCUUGUGAGGUUUAAAAAUGCAUUUAUUAUGCUGGGAUAUACGUCUGUGGGCGUUUUGAGGACAGCAAAAGAAAAUAGAGGAAAUUGGGAGUUCCUUUAUACUGAUUUUAAUCAUAUUGAUGCAUCUGUUAAUGGACUUUCGCAUAUGAUAAAGAAAGUAUUAAGCAAGCGUGCGAAAUCACGAAAUUCUUACUCCCCUCCCUCUUUAAAUUGGAACGAACAUAGGUAAAAUAUCAAUUUUUGGAUAAAUUAAACCCCUUUAAAUUGAAACAAAAUUUCAAUUUUUCGAUGGAAAACAUUUUACUAAUUUUUAUAUAAAUAGUUUGACCUUAUUUAAUGGAGGGGGUUAAAGUAGAAUGCUAUAUAUAAACAGUUGUAGUCUAUUUUGAUUAAGUUUUUAAACGAAAAUUCUUUAUAAAACCAAUUAAGAUUCAAAAAUAUCGUAUUCAAUUUAGAUAUUUAUUAAAAAAAUUUUUUAAUUUUUUUCAUAAUUAGCUCCCCUUUAAUUGGAAUUCCAAUUUAAAAGGAGGAAUGGAGUUAA